AUGUUAGGGGGUUGCUUCGGGUCUACCCAGAAGCGAACUAUAGUGGGUGGCUGGGCGUGGGCCUGGUGUCUCGUGACUGAUGUUCAGCGUAUCUCACUUGAGGUUAUGACAUUGAACCCAAUGUGUGAGUAUGUGGAAACAGCCCAAGGUGUUCCCUUAACUGUGACCGGAGUCGCGCAAUGUAAGAUCAUGAACGAGGAUGAGCUCCUCACCACCGCCUGCGAGCAGUUUCUCGGCAAAACCGUGAAAGAGAUCAAGAUGACUAUCCUCCAAACCCUCGAAGGCCACUUGCGUGCUAUAUUAGGAGACAAUGGAUUUGUUAACGAGAGUUUAAAAACAAAAGUUGAUGAUAUUUCUAAUAUAUUAUUUCGCGUACGAUCGUGGGUGUUUGUCGGAACGCUUACAGUCGAAGAGGUAUACAAAGACAGGGACCAGUUUGCUGGUCUUGUUCGGGAAGUCGCAGCCCCGGACGUGGGUCGGAUGGGCAUCGAGAUAUUGUCCUUCACGAUCAAGGACGUCUACGAUGACGUGCAGUACUUAGCCAGUUUAGGCAAGUCGCAGACAGCGGUGGUGAAGAGGGACGCUGAUAUAGGAGUCGCACAGGCCAAUAGAGACGCUGGGAUAAGAGAAGCAGAGUGCGAGAAAAGUGCAAUGGAUGUAAAAUAUUCUAUGGACACGAAAAUAGAAGACAACACCAGACUUUUCAAACUACAAAAAGCACAGUUUGACCAAGAGAUUAACACUGCUAAAGCCGAAGCUGCUUUAGCUUACGAGUUACAAGCAGCUAAAAUAAAACAGAGAAUUCGAAACGAAGAAAUUCAAAUAGAAGUUGUGGAGCGUCGCAAGCAAAUUGAGGUCGAACAACAAGAGAUCUUGAGACGUGAAGAAGAAUUGGCAGCGACGAUCCGUCUGCCCGCGGAAGCUGAGGCGUACCGUCUACAAACCAUCGCUGAAGGAAAACGUACGCAAACAGUGGAAGCGGCCAAAGCAGACGCUGAACGCAUUAAAGUGCUAGGUUUGGCUGAAGCUACGGCUAUAGGGGACGUAGGGAAAGCUGACGCCGAGCGGAUGUUGGCGAAGGCCAAAGUUUAUAAGCAGUACGGCGAUGCAGCGAUUAUGGCGCUUGUUCUUGAAGCUUUGCCUAAGAUCGCAGCAGAAGUAUCCGCUCCAUUGUCUAAGACAGACGAGAUAGUGUUAGUGGGUGACAACGGCGCUACAGGUGAAGUGGCUCGUCUCGCUGGUGGUAUACCACCUGCAGUGAGAUCUCUAACUGGUCUUGACAUCAAUCAAGUGCUGAAGAGACUCCACCCGGGAGGAAACGAAGAGCCCAAUUUGGCCGCAGCUACCAGCAAGAAGAAGGAGGUAGCGGCGUUCUAA